AUGGAUCUAAACCAACGCACAAAGCAAGAAAAUAUGAUAUCAAUUGGUUCGCAAUUACACGGUAUUCCGGUGGACAUGGCUUCGCCGUCUUUGUCGAAUGCUGUGCCCAAUGUGGGUCGUACACCCGUGGCGAAAACAAGUUCGCUUUUGGAGAAUAUCGGCAUACAACGUUCUGGUUCGCCGUUUGUGACUAACGCGGAAACUUCGUUUUUUGCAAGACAGGCGCCACCGGUGCAGCAGCAACAGCAACAGCAGCAGCAACAGCAACAGCAGCAGCAGCAACAGGCUCACAUGACGCCCAGCCAUGGUUACGGCGGACUGCAUGAGCAUACGGGGUCGGCUUCGGCUUCGGCUUCGGCCUCGUUGCUUGAUUGGGGCAGCGGUAUUGGAGGCCAUGGCCAGGGCUCAGCCAACAGCUUUGCACGGCCGCCACCCGGGCCGCCGCCGCCGCCGGGCGUUUUUGGGUCGCAGCUGCCCGUGAUCGACUCGCAAUGGAAAUAUUUAGACUUUCAGGGUGUCAUCCAGGGUCCCUUCCCCUCGCAAGCUAUGUCCAACUGGUACCAAGCUGGCUAUCUACAGUCCUCGUUGCAGAUCACCCGCGUGGCGACGUGUCCCGAACCGUUCGGGAUCAACGAUGUCUUCACCUCACUGGGCGAUCUGAUGGCCAAAGUAGGCGACUUUUCAGAUCCCUUUUCAAGGUUUGAUUUUAUCGUAACUCAAGCCCAAGCCCAAGCCCAAGCUCAAGUGCAAUUUCAUGGUCAAUAUCAAGCCACCGAGCAACUUCCAGAUCACACCCCCACCAUCCAUCGCCAAACCCUUUUCGAUGGACUCGCAUUGGAUAAAAAGGAUCCUGGUUUAAUCUCUGCUCCAGUGCCCUCUAGUAUUCAGCCUUCUGCCAAUUAUCUAGACGGGUCUGCCAUAAACCUAGAGGCUCCGGACUACACUCAUGGCGAAUUACUGCGAAAGCGUGACAUUGACGGAGGCUACUAUCAUGAAACGGUGUCCCAAGUUCCUAUCGACAAAUUCGUCGAAAGCGAAGCUGCCAGGGCUAGGGCUACUGAUGCAACUCCAUUCAAGGGCAGACAGAAAUUAGAUCAAGACGCUGUCCAAAGAAGACGUGAUCAUGAACUCGCUGCUAAACAAAAGCAACAUCAUGACUUUUUAGCACCCACGGAGAACGGAUCCAGAGGACCAACUCAAACAACCGAAGAAGCCGUUGCCACAGUAAACGGUCUUGAGCCCACACCUGUACCAUCCACUGGAAUAGAGGGUAUUGCACAACAACGCCAGAAGCAGCAGGAAGAAGCAGAGCGUCGCAGAAUUGCCGAUGAGGCUGCUCGCGUGCUUAUGCUAGAACAGGAAAAUGAACGUGUUGCUCGGGAACAGCAGGAAGCAGAGAAACAGGCAAAGCGUGAAGAGCAGCUUAGACGGGAAGAAUCAGAAAAAUUGCGUACAGAAACUGCUCCAUCAAGAGUUUCUACCCCAGCAUUACUGUCCGCGAAACCUGCCCCUUGGGCAAACAAAGCCACUCCAACUUUCACAGCGCCUUCACUAGCUGAUGUUCAGCAGAAAGAGGCUGCUCAGCGCGCAAAGCGUAAACAGGAACAAGAACAACAAACGAGGGAGCUCGCUGUCAAACUGCAACAACAGGUUAUGAUCGAGGAAUCCAGUAAGCCUAGAAUCGAUUCGAUUGCUUCAUGGGCGACUAAGAAGACUUCUACCUCCACUCAAGAUCAAGUGAAAACCCCAAUGAAAACCAUUGAACAGAUUCAAAAAGAGCAAAUGGAGGAGAAAAAGUUCUUGGAAGAGCAGAGGAGAUUGUGGGAGGAAGUUCAGAGAAACGCUAAGCUUGGCUCAUCCAACUCGAGUGUCGAGACGAAUGAGUGGACCACUGUUUCCAAAAAGCAGCCAGUGGCCGGCAAAGUUGCUAUCAAUAGCAAAUCAUCUAAGCAAGCAAAUGCCAAUCUGAAUCCUGAGAAGCUUCGUUCGAUGAGUGCGAACCAAGCCAAGCAAAUAGGCUCAUCCACAAGCAUUCCCACGCUAAAGACAAGGGCCGCUGCUCCCAAGCCCGUGGCUAGCAUUGCCGGAAACGCGUCGACGUCGUUGCGUCAAGAUUUUUUGAAGUGGAGCAAAUCGCAGCUCAAGUUGUCCCCUGACGUUAACGUGAAUGGUGUUUUGGAAGUUCUGCUCAGUUUACCAGCGGGUCCAGAGUCCAAGGAAAUUAUCGCAGACACAGUGUAUUCCAAUAGUCCUUCCAUGGAUGGAAGACGGUUUGCCACUGAGUUUAUCAAAAGACGUGCUGAAUGCGAAAGCAAAAUCACGGAUUCGUUGUCUUGGAGCGAAGCGUUGUCCAUGCCCGAAGGCGAUGCUGAGGACUGGGAAUUCCAGGUUGUUGGCAAGAAGAAGAAUAGAAAGCAUUAG